AUGGAUGAAUUGAAAAAACAGAUUCCAACUACGGCUGAGGAACUCCAACAUUACGUGGAGUUGGCAAAGUCUAAACUUACAGCAAAUUGGGAUCAAUUGACUGAUGUGUUUGAACACCAUACCCAUGACUUAACUUUUGACAGCGUGUUGAAUGACUUUAAAAAUCUCAAUGUAAACCCGGUAACCGUAUCGUUAACAUUAAUUUCAGUAACCACAUUGAUCCUCUUGGGAAAAGUGAUUGGUUCCAGUUCGAAUGAGGACCAUGGUUCAAGUGAAAAGAAACACAAGAAAAAGAGUGGAAAGAAGAAAUUGAGUAGAGCGCAAAGGGCCAAUAAGGAGAUUCAGGAAAUCUUGGACUACGUUGAACUGGAGUAUGUACCAGAAAUUGACAAGUAUAUUGAAAACUACCAAACUUUAUCCAAGGACGAGCUUGAAAAUAAAUUCAAGUACUACGACGAGAUGUUAUUGAAAGAGUUGGUCAAGUUGGAUGGCAUUGAUGUCACUGGAAACGACAUUCUUAGAGAAAAUAGAAAGAAAGUCAUCAAGUUUAUUCAAGACCAUCAAAAAAGAUUGGACAAGUUUAAGAAAGAUAUCGGUGUAUAG